AUGAGCUAUCGAAAAAGCGAGGUGUUCGAGCCUCCGGGCAAAGUCGGCCGGAAAACAGGCUUCUUUCUUACGCGAACACCCAAGAAGAACGAGAACGGGCUGGAAGAUCUGAAAGACUUCUUUCUUUCUGACGAAGAAUACGAGUCUCCUAAUAACCAAAAAAUCAACACUUCUCCUAAUAAACGACUCUCGCAACGGUACCAGCAACUCAAGGCACACAAAUCUCAGGCGCAAACUCCAACAAAGAGUCCCAAAUCCAGACCAGCUAAGCCGAAGGGCAGUUUGAGUAUGCUGCUGAUCUCGUCCAGCGAUGAAGACCAAGAUAAAAGCGAUUCAGACGAUGCUGAUGAGAUAAUCAACGCAGCCACCCAGAUGGGGUCUCCGAUCAGACCCAACGUGCGCAAGAAGGCUUCUGUCAAUGGCUCGCCAGCGUCCUCGCAGCUGCAGUCGGUGUCGAAAUCUCCCAAGUCGUUGCAGCCGUCACCGUUGAAAAAAGACGUGCGGCCGGGCUCCAAGUCCAGUAUCUUGGACGUCGAUAGCGAAGAGGUGUCGGAAGAUGAACCACCGGUGAAUACGGCAUCGAAGUCCACGCGGGCGCACCAGUUUGCCUCUAUCACGAAAAACAUGGCUCUCCAGAAGAAGCCAGCCAAAACUUCCAAACUUGUCAUUUCAGACCAGGAAUCCGAGCCUGAGCCGGAGGAAGAACAGAUACAGGAGUCGGCAGACUCCGACUUCGAGCGUUCGGACGCUCAUGACGAGGGGGUCGUGGACAACGACGAGGACGAAGAGGUCGUGAGCAUUUCUGAGGACUCGCUUCCUCUGGUCAAGCAGAACGAUAACUCUGUGGAGGAAGUCUCGCGGCCCAAAGAAGAAACUCCUGUGAGCGAUUCGGGUGUAAGACGGUCUUCCAGAACCCGAGUGACGCCUGUGGCGUGGUGGAGAAACGAGAAGAUCAUCUACGAAACGCGGACCGAGAAUGGCACGUAUGUGAAGCAGAUCAAGGACGUUCUGCACCGUCCUGAGGCCAAGCCGGUGACGCGCAAGAGAAGACAGUCGUCGGUGACCCCAACGACAAAGACACGGCGAAGAAGCAGGACCCCGCGGGUGCAGAGCGAGGAGCCGGUGCCGGCUGCUGUUCAACCCAAGAUUGUGGAGCAGCCCGUUGAGGAGCAGAAGAACGAGCAAGAGGAAGCGCAGCAGCUGGACGGCGGUGAGUGGCUACAGAAGAACUCACUGACGAUCCCUGUGUUCGAAGGUCCUGGGUCUGAGAACCAGAUCGAGCGGACCGUCGCAUGGGCCCCUAACAAGUCGAAAAACAUAUCCAUCAUCAAGAACAGCGAGGAGUUUUUCCGGAUUGCCACGCUGUUUGACCAGGACAGCGAGUUCAGCGGAGGCGGGAUCAUCGAGAUCCCUGUUGGCUCGCGCAAAGCCAUCAAGUCCAACGACGACACCUACUUCAUCUUCUUCGUGAUACAGGGCGUGCUAGAGGUGACGUUGUCGCACAGUCCGUUUGUUGUGGUGUCGGGGUGUUCUUUCGAGGUUCCGAUGGGUAACUUUUACCAGUUUGACAACAAGGGCAAGACGGUGGUGAAGCUGUUCUUUGUCCAGUCCAAGUACGUUGUUGUGAGUUCUCCUGAGGACGACGACGACGAGGACGACGAGGAUAGUAUGUGA